AUGUCACUGGAGCAGUUGAGAAUUGAGCACAUCUCCAUGGGAAUUCGUUUAUAUGGUUUGCCGGUGGAGUGUCUCACCAGACCGAUAGCUUUGAGAAUGGUUAACAUGAUUAGAGAGCCUUUGGCAGUGCAUGCCAGUGAAAUCGAUGGAAGGAAGGCGACUUUUCUGAGAGCUAAGGUGGAAAUCAAGCCUUAUGAUCCACUACCAUCAGGUUUUUAUCUUGAUUCAUGGAAUGGUGAAAGCAUUUGGGUUAAAUAUAGCUAUGACAGAUUAUAUAAAUACUGUCAGCGUUGUGGAGUUAUAGGUCAUAUGAUUAAGAAUUGUUCUAUUGAUUGGAAUGAGGAGCUAGAGCAGUAUUUGAAUGCAAGCAUUGAUCUUUGUGGCAGGGAUAAAAACGUUGCUUAUGGCAGGGAUGAAGGUAACAGUUUUUUCCUGUCAUGCAUAAGGAUGAUGGAUGGGGAACUGAAUAAAAAGACAACUAGGCUGUCACCGGAAUAUAUCAAUCGCUAUUUUUAUGUCUUCCAAGGCAUGAGGGAGAAGGACAUUGCUGAUGGUUUUGUAUACAGUCUUAGAGGGGAGAACAGUGAAUCAGAUCCAGAGCCGGUUAUGGUGGAAACAGAGAGGAUUCGGCUGCAGCGUAGAUGUGCAGUAAGACAGGUUGGGCACGACUUAAGGGAAGAUCCUAUGCAGGUGGAUACGUCGGAGUCGGAGAAGAUGCAGCAGGGCGGCUGGACUAACUGUUAUGAUUGGAGCAAUGGUCCACCUAUAGAAGGGCCCAGUAGACAGCUGUCAAGGCCAUGGGGGACAAGAAAUACAGCACUGACUAAUAUCAUUAGGAAUAGGAGUGUUAGAGAUGGGACUUACAUAUCAGAGAAACGAGUUUGGCGGGAUUUGCAAGUCAAUCAAGCGGUGCAAUAUGGUAACCAAGGCAAUUUCUGGUCAACAGGGGUACGCGAGCAGCAUGCAACAAAGUUGAGAGAUGAUCUAGUGGGGAAAGAACCUUUGUGGUCUUUGCAAAGCAGGUCAUAUAGUGGAACCACAGGCCAGCAAAUGGGCGCGAUGAUUUUCGCGCAAAAUUAG